GCGGCGGCAGCUGGGACCGGAGCGGCACGGACGGGGUCCGGGGAGAGCGAGGUCCCGAGGGUCGGCGGCGGGUAUAAACUGGAACCAUGACUACUGAAGUUGGCCCUGCAUCCGAAGUGAAGAAGGACUCUGCUCAGCUGGGAGCAGAAGCCACUAAGGAGAAAGCUAAAGAAGGAGCAGAAAACCAGCAGAAUCAGUCGUCAGAGCCAGAGGAGGAAAAAGGUCCGCAGCCUGCUCCUGCCGCCGAAAGCCAGAGUAGUCCACGCCGCCGGAAGAGAGAGAAAGAUCCAUCCGAGAGCCGAGGAAUUUCUCGGUUUAUACCACCAUGGCUUAAGAAACAGAAGUCCUAUAACUUAGUACUGGCCAAAGAUGGAGGAGAUAAAAAAGAGCCUACCCAAGGUGCUGUGGAAGAACAGGCUUUAGAUAAAGAGGGUGCCCUUCCGGGAGAGGAGAGUCGGGCCAAGGGUGAUGCUGAAGAAAUGGCUCAGAGGAAGCAGCAGGAGGCCAAGGAGGAGGUCCAGGAGGAAAAGCCCUCAGUGAGCAGUGCUGAGACACAGCUUACUGAAGAAGUAAGGAAGGACAGUGAAGAGGAGAAGGUCCAGGUAAUCCCAGAAGACAAAGCAGAAGGGGAAGCAGCGAAACGGGAGACCAAGGAGGUGCAGACCAAUGAGCUGAAAGCAGAGAAGGUCUCUCAGAAAGCUACCAAGAAGACGAAAACUGUCCAGUGCAAAGUGACCCUCCUAGAUGGUACCGAAUACAGCUGUGACCUGGAGAAACGUGCUAAGGCACAAGUGUUAUUUGACAAAGUGUGUGAACACCUCAAUCUCUUGGAGAAGGACUACUUUGGACUUCUGUUUCAGGAAAACCCUGAGCAGAAAAUGACCACAGGAUGGAGAGGAAGGAGGCGGCAGUGGACAGAUGUCAGUCGACAGAACUGGCUGGAUCCUGCAAAAGACAUAAAGAGACAGAUGCGAAACCUUCCCUGGCUGUUCACUUUUAAUGUGAAGUUCUAUCCUCCUGAUCCUUCUCAACUGACUGAGGACAUCACCAGAUACUUCCUGUGCCUUCAGUUGCGGCAGGACAUUGCCUCUGGCCGCCUGCCCUGCUCCUUCGUGACACAUGCCCUCUUGGGCUCCUACACACUGCAGGCUGAACUUGGAGAUUAUGAUCCAGAAGAACACGACCGAAUUGACCUUAGUGACUUUCAGGUUGCCCCCAUCCAGACUAAAGAGCUGGAAGAGAAGGUGGCAGAGCUAUAUAAAACCCACAGGGGCUUAUCUCCAGCACAAGCUGACUCUCAAUUCUUAGAAAAUGCAAAGAGGCUUUCCAUGUAUGGUGUUGACCUACAUCAUGCCAAGGACUCAGAAGGCGUGGACAUCAAGCUGGGUGUAUGUGCUAAUGGGCUGCUCAUUUACAAAGAUAGACUGAGAAUCAAUCGUUUCGCUUGGCCAAAAAUCCUGAAAAUUUCUUACAAGCGCAGUAAUUUCUACAUUAAAGUCAGGCCAGCAGAGCUGGAGCAGUUUGAGAGCACCAUUGGAUUUAAGCUGCCAAACCAUCGGGCAGCAAAGAGACUAUGGAAAGUGUGUGUGGAACAUCAUACUUUCUACAGGCUCGUGUCUCCAGAGCAGCCACCAAAAGCCAAAUUCUUGACCCUGGGGUCCAAAUUCCGGUACAGUGGCCGCACCCAAGCACAGACCCGCCAGGCAAGCACCCUCAUUGACAGGCCGGCACCACACUUUGAUCGUGCCUCUAGUAAACGGGUCUCCAGGAGCCUAGAUGGAGCUCCUCUCGGUGUUGUGGACCAAAGUUUUACGAAGGAUUUUCCUGGCCCUCCAGGAGAGGUUUCAGCAUAUGGCCCGGGAGUUGUUGGCACUGCUAUGGUACAAGAUGGGGACAGCCGGAGGGAUGCCAGAAGCCCAGCUAAAGCCCCACAUUUGCAGCUCACUGAAGGAAAGAAAAAUACCUUGAGAGUAGAAGGGGAUAAUAUUUAUGUCAGACAUAGCAAUUUAAUGUUGGAGGACCUGGAUAAGGCCCAGGAGGACAUACUGAAACAUCAGGCUAGCAUUAGUGAACUCAAGCGCAAUUUUAUGGAAUCCACACCUGAGCCGCGCCCUAAUGAAUGGGAAAAACGACGUAUCACACCUCUGUCCCUACAGAUACAAGGGAGAACAGGAGACCAUCUUUCCAAGGAUAUAUUGUCUGCGAAGGAGAAGUACCUGGUGGCAGCACGGACAGCUGAAGAGAAAGCUCAGGAGACAGACAAGAGCCUAGAAGAGGAGAUAACAUCACUUUUGUUUAGUGGAAAGGGCUUUUCUCUUAGCAUGAAAGCCACCUUCCCUUCAGCCACCACUUGGACAGCAGAGGGCGAUGUUGUGAACGCUAAUGCACCUUCUAGAGAAAAGCUUUCCUCCUCGCCCUUCUCACUCUUUCCUGAGACACGUGCUCCUGCGUCGGAAGGGCCUUGCACUGGAGCCAGGGAUGCUGUUAAGAGUUCACAUGAGACUCUGAAUGUAGUGGAGGAGAAGAAGCAGGCAGAGGUUGGGAAAGACCAAAGAGUAAUCACAGAAGAAAUGAAUGGUAAAGAGAUAUCACCUGGGAGUGGUCCUGGGGCCAUGAUUAAGGUGGAGCCUGUGGCACAAAAAGACUCCACCUCCCUGUCUUCUGAGAGCAGCAGCAGCAGUGAGAGUGAGGAGGAAGAUGUGGGCGAGUACCAGCCCCACCACCGUGUGACUGCGGGCACCAUCAGGGAAGAGCAGGAGGAGUAUGACGACGAAACGGAGGAAGAGCCCAGCCGAGCAGCCAAGGUAGAGAGGGAGGCAGCAGUGCCCGAAGCCAGCCCAGGCAGACAAGCAGGUGCCAGUGUAAUGACAGUAGAAGCAGAGGCCCAGGAACAUGUAGUUGUCCCAGAGGUACCUGCAGAGAAGAGUGCACAUGAAGGCACAGUUGAGCAAGACAUGGGAGAAGAAACAGAGGAAGAGCAACACAGAGUUAACGGAGAGGUGUCUCAUGUUGACGUUGAUGUUGUGCCAGAGAUUAUUUGUUGUUCGGAGCCACCGGUGGUAAAAACAGAGAUGGUAACAAUUUCUGAUGCUUCACAAAGGACAGAAAUCUCCACCAAGGAAGUCCCCAUUGUUCAAACUGAGACCAAAACCAUCACGUAUGAGUCUCCUCAGAUUGAUGGCGGGGCUGGUGGUGAUUCGGGCACGUUACUGACCGCACAAACCAUCACAUCUGAGUCCGUGUCAACAACGACAACCACACACAUCACCAAGACUGUGAAAGGCGGGAUCUCGGAAACAAGAAUUGAGAAACGCAUAGUGAUCACAGGAGAUGCAGACAUUGAUCAUGACCAGGCGCUGGCUCAGGCGAUCAGGGAAGCCAGAGAGCAGCACCCUGACAUGUCAGUCACAAGGGUGGUGGUGCACAAAGAGACAGAGGUGGAGGAAGGGGAAGAGUAAGUAAGAAAGUCAUCUUUCGAAACAACAUUCGACUUCAUGAAUCUGAAGAAUUUUGACCAUUCCAAGUCUUAACGCCAUACCACUACUCCAGCAAAUAUGUGCAUCAACUGGGAAUGAUGACCAGAAGCCUCAAGAAUUAAAAUGCCAACACCAAACCUUACCUUAGCAGCUCUGGUCGAUACUGUUCCCAUGCAUUUUAAUAUAUUAUUUUGUUUUAUAACCACUUCUAAUAGUCUGUUCUUUUUCUUUUCUUUUUGUUAAGGGGUUUUGUUUUUGUUUCCUGAUCCUAUUUGCUUUUUAUGACUCAUUUGCUCAAAUGACAGUGAACAAAGCCAGUGCAGGCUGGUAAGGUGCUGUUCACUUGAACAGGUGCUGUUGUAUGGAAAGGAAACUGUGACUAACCUAGCUAGUGCUUUUCUUUUUCACAUCUUUCCAUGGAACCUUACAGUCAAUAUUUAUAGUUCUCAGAGAGCAGUAAAUACACUGCAUGAGAAAAUAUUAAUACCAAUUAAAAGCAUUUCUUACAUCUUGAAAUUUUUCUAAUAUUUGAGAAUUUCACUGGGGAUGUUUUUUAUAUGGAACCCUUUCGACUUUCCAGUCCUGUGACUUUUUACUUUUAGUAGAGAGUCCUCCGACUCUGGACUGGAGAAUGAAGACAUUCAUCGACCAUGCACUGUGUUCAGAGACCCUGCCACACCACAGUGCCAGCCAGCACUUCGCAGAAACAUGCUCUUCGACAGCAUUCCAGAAUAGGAAGGAGGGAGAACUUUCUUCCCUUCUACUAAAAAAAUUCAGGCAGCUUAAAACCUUAGUGCUUUGUUUCUUAACAUUUUCCAAAUCUCAAUACUUUCCAUUAUCUGAACUCUUGGGUAGAACACUUGCUUUAUAUUAAACCUCUUUGUUGACAUGUCAAACUGACCUUUUGUUACUGAGCAGGUAUAUCUCUCUAAGAUAGCUUGAUGAUCCACAGGUUUGAAGAUGCUGGGGAGAGGUAGCGGACUAUGGUGGUUUUCUUGUUGGGUAUAAGAAAGCUGUACCAUUAAAGCUGACACCAGAGACCUGAUAAGGACUUAUUAACUGAUUGAACAUUUUUUUCCCUUUGCUUUUGACCCUGUGUAUAGUUAUGAAGCCAGAUUAGAUUUACAGCAGCUUCAGGUUGUAUUAAAUGAUAUUUUGCUUUAUGUAAUACUGUUAUAAAAUAAAAGUUUGUUUAUUCUCUA